CUGCACGCUCGUAGAGUUGUCCUGCCGUGGCCCAAUAUGCAUGUUGAUGACUUUAUCAAACGUGACUAACGCUGCUUUCUCGGGCCUUGAUGUACACUAAGGAAUAUACAAGAGUAUAAGAAUCCUUGAUGUACAUGAAGCUGUCUUGCUGUGCCUCAAAGAUCGAGGUUAAUAAGUGUCUGAAGUGCCUCGUUAACGAACUUUUCACUAUUUCAGAUGUUGCAAAUAGCCGUGGAGAGCGAUGCCUCGAUAACUCCAGAGGAUGAGGUUGGAGCACAUUGUGAAGAGAAAGAACAGCCGCAGCCACACCCUGAUGUAGAUGGCGGCUGGGCCUUCGUUGUCUUGGCCGCCAUGUUUGCCGCAUUCUUUAUAAAUUCUGGACUGUUGUCAACAGCUGGACUCUAUUAUGUGCAGUUGUUGGAUUAUUUUGGCAAGGAUCGAGCAUACACAUCCUGGACAGGAUCCCUGAUGAAUUCCUUCUUUAUGCUUGCGGGUCCACUGAGCGCACACUGUAUGCACAUGUGUGGCACUCAGACCUCCAUGAGGAUUGGCUCCAUCAUCAUGACUGUUGGCUUAUAUGUCUCUGCUUACACCCCAUCUCUUGAACUUAUGUUCUUCACGUAUGGCAUUGUAGUAGCAUGUGGGAUGAACUUUGUCUACACAGGACAGAUAAGUGCAUUAAACCUCUACUUCAAUAAGUAUCAGUAUAUUGCCACUUCACUUUCCAUGGUGGGUGUUGGGAUGGGUGUGGUUCUUGUGAAUAUGUGGACAGAUUACAACAUAGAGAAAUAUGGGUGGCGUAUGUCCCUCAUUUGGAAUGCAGGCCUCAGUCUCCAAUUGUAUGUCUUUGGCUCUCUAAUCUAUCCUCUUCGCUGGCCUCAAGAGCCAGGUGUUGAUAAAUAUCCUUCGUCACCUCAUGUAUCCAACAGACAAUAUUCUUUGUCUACUGGAAACAUCUUGUUUAGUGCAGUUAGAGAAGUAAGUGUAUCAACGUUGAAGAUGGCACCUGAAGCAAGCUGUGCAUCCAUUUUUGCAAAUGUUCCUGACACCUUAGUGGAAUCAUGGAAUGCAUUCAAGGACAUUUGUUUUUGGCUGAUAUCUACUGCAUUCUUUUUUGCAAUGCUAUCAACCACCUCCAUUUUUAUCAUAUACAAAGAUUUUGUUGUAUCAAAAGGACUUGGAGAACAUUAUACCAUCAUGCUCAUUGGUCUUGGUUUUGGCGAUGUUACAGGAAGGCUUAGUAUGGGAAUUGCUCACUCCAAUAAGUUUUUUAACCCUGUUUGGUCAUACUGUGCAGCAUUGUUCCUCACUGGAGUGGUACUCUUGUGCCAUGUCUUCAUUAAUAGCACACCCAGCUUGCACAUCUUUGGUACACUCUAUGGAAUGACUUAUGGAGCACAGAAUGUCCUUGUGGCAAUUGCACCUUUAAAGCUGUUUGGCAAAGACCGGCUUGUGGUGGUGUUUGGAUAUCUUCUAGUCUGGGGUGGAAUAGGAGCACUCAUUGGAGCACCAAUUGCAGGAAGCAUUGUAGACAAGACUGGAGAUUAUGGUGGGGUCCUUGGCUUGGCCUUGGCAUGUCACACUGUAGGAGCUGCACUCAUGAUGCUGUGUGCCCUCAUUGAUGGCAAGUCGAGACAAGGAUCAUGAUGUGGCACCCUGAACUGAAAAAAUAACACACACACACACACACACCAUUUGUAGUACUAUUUGUAUUCACUUUAAUAUAUUCUCACCUUUAUUUUUAUUUUAUUCUGUAAGGAAUUAUCUGAUCACGGUUAUGAUAAUCAAGACAUUAUAAUUUGUAUGUCAUGAGAAGAAAUAAAUGUUUUGGAAAAUUAAUUAUUCUCAGAUGUAAGUUGAAUACUAUCAUGGAAUGUAAUUCAUGGUUUCAUUACUAUAUAAUCCUUUCCCCAGUGACACUCAGUUGUCCCCUAUCUGCCCUCUACUAAUGCUAAUUAGGAACUCUACAUCGUAUCUCUAACCAAAAGAGUUAUCAAACUGUAAUAUAUACCAUCAGUACUGCUCUCAACUGCCACUCCCCUCGUCCUGUACCAUAUCUUCCUCCACUUUCCCCUUCCUCUCUUGUUCCCAUUUAACCAGUACCACUAUAGUCCACAACUAUACUCCAUCCUCCACCACCAGUUACUACUUAUAAUAGUAUAUCUUUCAUUACCUCACCCCCAUCCUCUAAUCCUCCCCAAUGACAAGAGGUGAAAAUGAAAUGUGACCGGAUGGCACACCACGUGCUGUCAUGAGAAGCGCUAAGUCCCUGAUUGAUUGAUAACUAGGGUGUUUCAUGACAGAGGGUUGAAAAAUAAAACUGUAAGGAAGUUUCAUCCUCAUUGCUUAUCUUGUUCCACUGGCUCAGAAAACAAGUUUGAACAAGUUUCAGCCUGAUUGGAAAAUAUUUAGGGGUCCCGAGAAUUUACAUUCCGUCAGCCUAUCAUGCGCUUACCGCUUAGUCUGGUUGUAGGCUUCACAGCGAGAGGUUAGUGUCUCUGUGUGUGUGUUUUCCAUAAUAAUUGUUAUAUAAAUUACACUGAUGCAUAAGUAAUACCUAUGCAUCAG